AAAAAGUAAACCAGCUAUUGAAAUUGUGAAUCAUUUGAAAUGGUGGAUUUGCCUCGGUUUACUGGAUCACUUAAACCAGCUACAUUAGAAUGGAAUUCACCUAUUGUUCAGAUAAAAUUAAGAGAAGAACUGCAACAGAAACGGAAGCUUGUUAAAGUCACCAAUGGAUUGACAUGGAAAGAGUUAAAAUGUGCUCACAAUCAAAACAACUCCAAAAAAAGUCAAUUGCUAAAGGAAUUAUUUGAAUGUGCUAAAGACAUGGUUGGAAGAGAUACAACUCAAGAAGCAUUAGAAGAAUCAUCUGCUUUUUUGUUCGAAGCGCUCAAAGAUACAACUAGUAUUUCAUCUUUAGAAUCUUUAAAACUUCAGCAAGUUUUCGGACCUUUUCCUGCUACACUUGCAACAAAGGCAUUCGAGUGUGUUCAACAGUUAUCAUAUAUACUAUCAAAGGAGUCUGAUGAAAGUAGUGGAACUGAUAAAUUAAACUCUGAUUAUUUUGGCCACAAUAUAAAAUUAGACUUUGACUUUUAUGAUACAAAUUUUGAGAAUUUAUAUGAAGAGUAUGAAAUUGAAAGUAGAACAUCUGUUUCCUCUGGUGAUUCAUUUGUUCAACAUUUUCGUGACACACUUUUAUUGCAUCAAAAUGUCGACCUUGAAAAACAGGUGUGUCAAAAUAAUCUGAGUUCCUCUUGGCUACAGGACCAGUGUGAUGUUUAUGUUAAAACUAAUCCUGGCUCUAUUUGUUCCUCUGAUUUAGCAUCAGCUAUAUAUGAUAUUUUGGCUACAUCAAAGUCAAAUGAUGAAAUACAAAAUGAUCUGUUCGAUUUAGUUGGUUUUGAUGCAUUUGAUUUGAUACUUAACCUAUUAGAAAAAAGGAAAGAAAUUAUAGAUGCUGGCUCUGUAAAGAAAUCUGGUACAAACAAUGUAACUGAAUUCCAAUACAUUGACCCAGUACAUAAACUUCGUAAGCCUUUGCUUGGUUCUCAAGUAACAAUACAUAGUGAACUUGAAAAAGACUUUGUGAAAAAAAUGCAUAAAGAAGAAAGAAAAUUGCUACGAAAAGAUCCAGAGUUAUACAAGGAAAUAUACAACCAAAAUUGCAAUGAACUUCAAAAUAUCCAAUCGCAACCUUUAUUCAAACGAGAUACCACAACCUCCUCUCAACAAUAUCCAUUUGUAUUUGAUGAGUUUGCAAUUAAAAAACACACAUCUUCUUUUGUAGGUGGAUCUAAGAUAUUACUUCCUGAAUCAGCAACAAAAAGUAGCAACAAAAAAUAUGAAGAAAUAGAUAUCCCAGCAUCUGCCUCCAAGCUACCUGAUUAUUUAAAUAUAUUUGUUGAAAUAAAAAAUCUUGAUGAGGUUGGACAAAUAGUUUUUCGCAAUAUAAAAAAACUAAAUCGUAUACAAAGUAUUGUCUUUGAUGCUGCAUAUAACACCAAUGAAAAUUUAUUGGUUUCUGCUCCCACAGGAGCUGGUAAAACAAAUAUUGCGUUACUUGCAGUUACACAUGAGAUAAAGCAAAACAUGGAAAUGGGUGUGGUUAAAAAGGAUGCUUUCAAGAUUGUUUAUGUUGCUCCGAUGAAAGCAUUAGCUUCUGAAAUGACUGAAACAUUUGGCAAGCGGCUUCAACCAUUGGGUAUUGUAGUUCGUGAGUUGACUGGUGACAUGCAGUUAACAAAGAAAGAAAUUCAAGAAACCCAGAUGUUAGUGACUACUCCAGAGAAAUGGGAUGUUGUUACACGAAAAGGUUUUAGUGAUGUUGCGUUAUCUCAGAUUGUUAGGCUUCUUAUAAUUGACGAAGUUCAUUUACUUCAUGAUGAUCGUGGUGCAGUUUUGGAAGCACUUGUUGCUAGGACACUAAGACAGGUUGAGUCCACGCAGAGUAUGAUACGCAUUGUUGGAUUAUCUGCUACUUUGCCAAACUAUACAGAUGUUGCCAAGUUUUUGAAUGUAAAUCCUUUAAAGGGUUUAUUUUAUUUUGAUGGUCGCUUUCGUCCAGUUCCUCUCCGACAAACAUUCAUAGGGAUACAUGCAACAGGUUUUUUACAGUUUACUAAAGAUUUAAAUGAAGUUUGCUACAAAAAGGUUCAUGAAAAUGUGCGCAAUGGAAAGCAGGUCAUGGUUUUUGUUCAUGCAAGAAACGCUACAGUGAAGACUGCAAUGACUUUGCGUGAAAUGGCAAAGAAUGAAGGUGAAAUAGCAGAUUUUGAACCAGAUAAAAAUGCUCAAUAUUCAAUAAUGGAAAAAAAAGUUAUGCGUUCUAGAAACAAGCAGUUAAAAGAGAUGUUUCCGGAUGGCUUUGGCAUCCACCAUGCAGGAAUGUUGCGGCAAGACAGAAAUACAGUUGAAGAAUUGUUUUCUAAAGGUUUUAUCAAAGUGCUUGUAUGCACUGCAACUUUAGCAUGGGGAGUAAAUCUUCCAGCUCAUGCAGUUAUAAUAAAGGGAACUGAACUUUAUGACGCACAAAAAGGUUCUUUUGUGGAUAUUGGUAUUCUUGAUGUUUUACAAAUAUUUGGAAGAGCUGGUCGUCCUCAAUAUGAUAGUAGUGGGCAUGGAAUUAUCAUUUCGAAAUAUGAUAAGCUUUCACAUUAUUUGCAGUUGCUUACACAACAAACACCAAUUGAAAGUCAAUUUGUAAAUAGCCUUACUGACAAUUUAAAUGCUGAGGUUUCACUUGGGACUGUGACAACAGUAGAUGAAGCAGUUAAAUGGCUAAGCUAUACUUAUAUGUAUGUUCGCAUGCGUAUCAAUCCUCUAGUUUAUGGUAUAAAUUAUAGAGAAAAAGAAGAAGAUCCUUUGCUUGAAAAGCAUCGUCUCGAUCUUAUAAAAAUUAGUGCAAGAAAACUUGAUAAAGCAAAAAUGAUUAGAUUUGAUGAGCGCACUAACUUUUUAUACCCAACAAACCUUGGACGAACUGCUAGUAAUUACUAUAUUGAUUUCCCCACUAUUGAGGUAAUUAAUGAAUUUUUCAAACCUGUUAUGGAUGUUGGAGAAAUAUUUUCUGUUGUUUCCAAAGCUCAUGAAUUUAAUCAAAUCAAAGUUCGUGAAGAUGAAGUUAUAGAAUUAGAGGAACAUUUAAAUGAAUCUUGUGUCACUCCAGUCAAAGGUGGCACAGAUACAGAGUAUGGAAAAGUAAAUAUAUUAUUGCAGACAUAUGUAUCUAAGGCACAGCUAGAAAGUUUUUCAUUGAUAUCUGAUAUGUCUUAUGUCGCUCAGAAUGCUACUCGGAUAGUGAGAGCUCUAUUUGAGAUAUCAUUACAAAACAAUUGGGCUAUAAUGGCAAAACGUUUGCUGACACUUUCUAAAGUUGUUGAAAAACAACUGUGGGAAUGGGAGCAUCCAUUCAAGCAAUUAGAAGGGAUUAAAUUUGAGUUGCUUGUAAAAUUAGAACAAAAAAAACUAACAGUAGAUAUGAUGAGAGAAAUGGAUGCAAAGGAAAUUGGUCUUAUUGUUAAUCAUGUUAGCAUGGGAUCAACUUUAAAGUCAUGCGCUUUCCAAAUCCCUAGAGUUCAGCUUGGUGCAUCUAUACAUCCAAUUACUCGUACUGUAUUGCGGCUAAAUUUAAAAGUGAUACCUGAUUUUGAAUGGAAUGAUAAGUACCAUGGCAAAGUAGCAGAGCCAUGGUGGAUAUGGGUGGAGGAUCCAGACACUGAUAACAUUUAUCACUCUGAAUAUUUUUUGCUCUCUAGAAAAUCUGUCAAACAAAAGGAAGAGCAGUCUUUAGUAUUUACAAUUCCUAUAUUUGAACCUCUCCCACCACAGUAUUAUGUUCGUGCUGUCUCUGAUCGUUGGUUGCAUUCUGAAGCAGUUGUUGCCAUAAGUUUUAAACAUCUUAUUUUGCCAGAUCUUCAUCCUCCUCAUACAGAACUAUUAAAUCUUCAACCAUUGCCUGUCACGGUUUUGCGCAAUUCCCAAUUGGAAAUGUUGUAUAGUUUUUCACACUUCAAUCCGAUUCAAACUCAAUUAUUUCAUACAUUAUACUAUACUGAUAGCAGUGUGCUUCUUGGUGCUCCAACUGGAAGCGGUAAAACAAUAGCAGCUGAAUUAGCAUUGUUUAGAGUAUUUAGAGAAUACCCAAAAGCUAAAUCUGUUUACAUUGCACCUCUCAAAGCUUUGGUAAGUGAAAGAAUGGCAGAUUGGAAAGUGAGAAUUGAACAAAAAUUAAAAAAAAAAGUUAUAGAACUGACUGGUGAUGUUACUCCAGAUAUAAGAUCCAUAGGUAUAGCAGAUGUCAUUGUGACAACACCUGAAAAAUGGGAUGGCAUCAGUCGAAGUUGGCAGACGCGUCAGUAUGUCAAAGAUGUUGCUCUAGUUAUUAUUGAUGAAAUUCAUUUACUUGGUGGUGAUCGAGGACCUGUUUUAGAAGUAAUAGUUUCAAGAACAAAUUUUAUAUCAAGUCACACAUCUAAAAAGUGUCGAGUUAUCGGACUUUCAACAGCUCUUGCAAAUGCAAAAGAUUUAGCUGAUUGGUUAGGAAUAGGACAGGAAGGCUUGUUUAAUUUUCGACCAUCUGUUCGUCCAGUACCCUUAGAGGUGCAUAUUGCUGGAUAUCCUGGAAAACAUUACUGUCCACGUAUGGCUACAAUGAAUAAACCCUGUUUUAAAGCAAUACAAACUCACUCUCCUGAAAAACCUGUUCUCAUUUUUGUUUCUUCCAGACGACAAACAAGACUGACUGCUUUAGAUUUAAUUGCCUAUUUAGCUGGUGUAAGCAAUCCAAAACAGUGGAUGAAAAUGUUAGAGCAAGAAAUGAAUGACUUAAUCAGCACAGUUCAUGAUCAAACAUUAAAGUUAACAUUGUCAUUUGGUAUUGGUCUUCAUCAUGCUGGACUUCACGAGAGAGAUCGUAAAAUGACAGAAGAACUUUUUGUUAAUCAAAAAAUACAGGUGCUGAUAGCAACAUCAACUCUUGCAUGGGGAGUAAAUUUUCCUGCACACUUUGUAAUUAUUAAGGGAACUGAGUACUAUGAUGGAAAGACAAAGCGUUAUGUAGAUUUUCCAAUCACAGAUGUUUUGCAAAUGAUGGGUAGAGCUGGUCGUCCUCAGUAUGAUGAUCAUGGUGUUGCACUUAUUUUGGUCCAAGAUAUUAAAAAAAAUUUUUAUAAAAGAUUUUUGUACGAACCUUUUCCAGUUGAAUCUAAUUUGUUAGAAGUGCUUCCUGACCAUUUAAAUGCUGAAAUUGUUGCCAGCACUAUCACAUCAAAACAAGAUGCAAUGGAUUACAUGACCUGGACUUACUUAUUCAGACGAAUACUUAUGAAUCCUACUUACUAUGGAUUAGAUGAUACAAAUCAUAAUUCAAUAAAUGCAUUUUUAUCAAAAAAUAUUGAAAAGUCAAUUUAUGAACUGCAGAGUUCAUACUGUGUUGAGGUUAAAGAGGACGAUAAUACUAUAGAACCAACAAUUCUUGGUCGAAUUUCUUCGUAUUAUUAUCUAAGCCACUUAUCUAUGAGAAUGUUCAAAUCUCGCCUUUGCUCAGAACUCUCAAUCGAAGAUGUAUUGCAGGUUCUGUGUGACGCACAGGAAUAUGAUCAACUACCUGUCAGACACAAUGAAGAUAAAUUAAACGGUGAACUUGCUGAAUUGGUACCACUGCAAGUGAAUAAAUAUACCUUGGAUAGUCCUCACACUAAAACACAUUUACUUUUACAAGCUCAUUUUUCUCGUGUUGAACUUCCUAUAGCUGAUUAUAUUACAGACACAAAAUCGGUUCACGACCAAUCUAUUCGUAUUUUACAAGCGAUGAUUGAUGUUUGUGCUGAUGAAGGUUACUUAGUGACAGUUCUGCAGAUUAUUAUUUUAAUGCAAAUGACAGUACAAGGUUGUUGGUAUCACGGUAGCGCUUUGUUGAUGCUUCCAAACGUUACCAGUGACAUGCUACCAUUAUUUAAAAUAAACCCAAGAAUGAAGUCAGAUACACCUCGUCAAAUAGUUUGUAUACCAGAACUAAUCAGUUAUUGCGCUAAAACCCCCAAGUUGCUCCAUAAUAUGAUUGGACAUGUAUUAAAAUCAAACGAAAUUGAAAAAAUAUACGAAGUUUUGUCUGUUUUACCAAUCGUAUCUAUAAAAACAUCAUUGUUUGAUGAUCAAUCUAAAGGAGAACAAGCAAUCGACUUAACUCAAACCAAUUCAAACAAACGAGAGUGGCUUCCGAUUCGCGCUGGCUGCGAGUAUGCUCUGAAAAUUAGUAUUAAGAGAGAUCAGUUAAGUCCCAAGAGACCGACUUCAAAAGCAUACGCUCCUUUGUUUUCAAAAUCAAAAGAUGAAGGAUGGUUCUUUUUACUCGGAGAAAUAGAUUGUAAAGACAUUCUUGCUCUCAAAAGGGUAUCUUUUAUACACAAAGAAAGUACUGUAAAUCUUGGUUUUUACGCACCUGAAGACCGUGGAAAUAAAAUUUUUACAUUAUACUUAAUGAGUGAUAGCUAUCUUGGUAUGGACCAGCAAUAUGAUCUGUUUUUUGAUGUGCAAUAAACUAAAAUAUAUUUUUAUAUAAAAAAAUAUGUUUAUAUAUGAAUAAAAGAAUAAAUUAA